AUGGAGAAUAGUACAGAAGUGACUGAGUUCAUUCUUAGAGGGCUAGGGCAUGAGCCAGAACAACAGACCGCAUUCUUCAUAAUCUUCUUUCUUAUCUACCUCACCAGUCUGCUUGGGAACCUGGGAAUGAUUGGACUGAUCCUGCUGGACUCUCAUCUCCACACCCCUAUGUACUUUUUCCUCAGUAACCUGUCCCUGGUGGACUUUGGAUAUUCUUCAGCUGUCACUCCUAAGGUGAUGGCAAGUCUCCUCACAAGAGCUACAAUCAUGUCCUACAACUCUUGUGCCACCCAGCUCUUCUUCUUUGUAGGUUUUAUCACUGUAGAAAGUUUCCUCUUGUCCUCCAUGGCUUAUGACCGCUAUGCAGCAGUGUGUAAGCCCCUCCAUUACACCACCAUUAUGACCAUGAAUAUGUGUGCUUUUUUGACCUUGGGCUCCUAUGUCUGUGGUUUCUUUAAUGCCUCCAUCCAUACAUGGAACAUUUUCAGGCUCUCCUUCUGCAAGUCCAAUGUAGUUGAUCACUUUUUCUGCGAUAUUCCUCCUCUCCUGGCUCUUUCCUGCUCAGACACUUAUGUUAGUGAGAAGGUUAUUUUUUUUGCAGUAGGUUUUAAUGAACUCUUCUCUGUCCUGGUCAUAAUGAUCUCCUACCUGUUUAUAUUCAUGGCCAUCCUGAGGAUGCAUUCAUUUGAAGGGCGCCAGAAGGCCUUCUCCACCUGUGCUUCUCACCUCACUGCAGUCUCCAUCUUCUAUGGGUCAGGGUUCUUCGUGUACUUACAGCCCAGCUCCAGUCACUCCAUGGGCACUGACAAAAUGGCAUCUGUGUUCUACACCAUGGUCAUCCCCAUGCUGAACCCAAUGGUCUACAGCCUGAGGAACAAAGAGGUUAAGAAUGCCUUCAAAAAGGCUCUGUGGAAAGCAAAAUCUUCUAUAAGACUCAUAUUUUAA